AUGAGCAACAAUCAAUACAAUAGUAAAAAGCUGGCCCCAUUCAAAAAGACUAGAGAUGCUCUAAAAGAUGAGCUGAAAAUACUUGUUCAAGAAUAUUAACAAGAAGAAUAACUUAAUGAUGUUUACUUUGAUGAAAUUGGUCGGGCAGAGAAAGUAAAAAUAUAUAAUGUCAACUUAGGAAUUUGAACAACUUGUCAAAUAGAUAGAGGACUUUCAUCGACAUACUCAUUCAAUGAAAAAUGAUAAAUAGACUGAUUAAAAUUAAGGGUUUGAUGAAACGAUAGAGAAAAAUGUUAUCGAUACAUUGCAUCUCUUCCUUUUAAAUACAAGCAAGAAGGAAUAUUUAGAAGCCAUCUAAGAGUAAGAAAUUGCGAAGAAAUCAAAAUAAGUAGGUAAUUUAGUCAUGACCUUGGAUCAACCAAACCCUUAGGUUAAAGAAUAAGAGGAACAAGAAAUUCAAGAAAUGAAAAACGAAAAUGGUUAUUAUGUUACUUUGAGAUAAGGAGAAUCUUAAUUCGAAGUGAGAAUCCCUUUACAUAUCAAAACAUUCAAAGAACUCAAAUCAAUAGUCAAGUCAUGUGUUAUGGCAGAAGAAAAGGAAGUCUUUUAUACGGAUUACUUAGGUAAUUUAUUAUAGCCAGAUAUGAAUGUAAUUAAUGAACUCUAUCCCCCUAUUUAUGAAUUACUUAGAAACUAUCAACCAACAAUUGGGAUUUAAAUUGUGAAAUAGAAAAAGAUUAAAGAUGACACCAAAUUCACAGAAGCUGAUUUUGGCCUUGACGGUCUUAAUGAACUUAUGACCAAAUAGCUUAGACAAACAAAGAGAGUGUAAAAGCAAAUCAAUUGGUCCUAAUACUUAGACUAUCUAACAAGUUUUAAAUAUCUAUUGGAAUCAUUUCUCUUUUUAUCUCUAUUAAUACUAUAUGUUUUGAUAGAAGUUGAUGAAAUUAAAUUUGUAACUAAUAGUUAAUUGCUCACUACUCUAAAUUCAUAAUUUUCAAUCUAAAAGUCCUACAUUAAUCCGAUCAACAAUAUUUCUGAACUUAUUCUUUUCACUAUUCCAGAUGAUUAUCACAUUACCCCAAUACAUCCGUUAAAAUCAGCCUUACUAGUGUAAACUCUUGUUGGUAUUGUAAUUAUGAAUUUAUAUUUAGGAAAACUUUGAUAAUUGUCACAUUUUGAAUGAAAAUCAAAAGGAGAUUUUUGUUGAAAAAAAUUAGUCUUGCUUAAAUUAUAAUGAUAUUCUAACAGACGAUCUUAAUAAUAAUUACACAUAGACUAAUUUCAGUCCUUAAUAAUACAAUCCUAAUUUUGGUGGAUAUGUAUGGGAAUUCAAUCUGAGUACAAAAGAGAGUUUUAAAGAAAGCUAUGAUAGAUUAGUAGAAGAAAAUUGGGUUUAAUAUAAUAUUAAGCAAUCAAAAUUUAUAAUAAAUUAUUAUAAUAGUCCAACAAAAAGAUUAAUCCAAGUUGUGAUAACAUCCUUAUAUCUCUUCACUGAUGUUUAAAUUUAUUCUAUUCAUAGAAUCUGCUGAAUUAUAAUAGUAUUUAAUCUGAAGCUUUUGACUUAAGUGAAGAACCAAGUGCAUUCAUCAUAUACAGAGAUAUCAUUUUUUAUUGCGCAAUUAUCCUCUUAAUAUCAUCAUUCUUUGGUAUUGAAAUAAAUAUAUUUGAGAUUUUUUUGGAUUAUAUUUAGCUGGUACCAAGAAUCAUUUGAUUGAACUCUAUCUAUCAUACAAUGAAUUACUCAACAAGAAAAAGAAAAUGCAAGCUAAAAAGAAAGAAAUAAGUGAACAAGAUCAUAGAAUUAUGUUAUAAAAGGAAUUAAUCCUUAGUGAAUAUUUUAUCAUAAAUCUAAAAGUGGUUUUCAUCGUUAUUAGAAUACCUCUAAUAUUUGAUAUCAUAUGUAAUAAUAAAAUAUAAAUUAGACAUAAUAUGUCAAUUAGGAUUAGUAAUUAAAAGGACUAUUGAUGUGCAAUAUGGAGAUGCACUAAGUUUAAUAGAUUUGCAAUCAAGUUAAUUUCAAGAUACUACUACUUUAUUCGGGCCACUAUUAUUGACUAGAAUUUACUCUGCUGUGUUGCUACUAUUUUUGAUGAUUUCGAUAGUCAGAUUUCUUGGUAAUUGGAGUCCAUAUUUGAAAUGCUAUGGCUUAGUUAUGAUUAGAGUAAAAUUCUCAUAAAAUCUAAUAGUUUAAUAAAGAAUCAUGGUUUUUGUUACUAGUUUUAAUCUAUAUAAUUAGUAUUUGUGCAAUGUCUUGGUCUAUAACUUUACAAGGAAAAUUGAUUAAUCAUGAUAAUUUCUUUUUCACCUUCAUAGGAUUGUUAAGAUGUACAUUAAAAUAUGGGAUGCACAACGAUAUUGAUCAACAAGGCUUUUUUAAUAAUUAUGUAAAAGAAAUAAGCUACUCGUUUGAUACAAGAUAUGUAAACGUUUUUAAUAUAUUAAUAGUUACAAUACAUAAUUAUAAUUUGUAUUUCAAUGAUAAUGGUUCCAAUAUUUAUUUCGUUAAUGACAUAAUAAGUUCAUAAUACUAAAAUAGAAGCGAAAUAAAAAAUGUUAGAAAUGAAAAAAUAGGUAGAAGAAUGA